UUCACCUCUCUUCUCAUUGCCAUUGAGAGAAAGAUGGCAUGUUUUGAAAGAGCAUCCCCAGCCCUCAAGCAGAUUCUUCUGAAACUCUACAGCAAUGGUGAAAGGCCAAUGAACCUGGAUCAUCACUUACAUGAAUUCGGAUCUGUCGAAUAUCACAUCCAGUCCUCGUUAUUAGAGCCUUACCAUGCAUACUUAUCAAUCUCAACACCAUUGUUAUCUCAUCGAGCAUUCUCGCAUGGCCUUCCACAAUAUGCCAUAGAGACGAUAAAGGGAAUUCAUCCUGAUGUUAUCAAUAUUGUCUACCCACCAAGAGAAUCAUACCAAAUCACUAUGAGAGUUGAUUUCAACAAAAUCCCGAAUGGAAAAAAAGAAUCACUCAAGAUAAUAACAGAAAUCUCAUCGGUUCAAGCAAUCAUAGUGAGCUACCAACUGAAAGAAAUGUUGCAGAACAUCCAAACGCAGACUAUAUCUCGAGGGAUGUACAAGCCAAUGAAACUUGUUUAUCAUCCAAGAGAACCUUUUUAUAUCAUCAAACAGUCGGAUAAAGUGAUGGCAGUAUUUCCCAUUCGUUUUAAAGAAGACACUGAUGUGAUUAUUGCAACUGCCUUCUUCCAGGAACUCACCGCAGUUGGAAGUUUGGACAAAUGGGAAGAAGCUCCUCCAUGUAUGUGGUCCCCAAUUCCACCUCCCGAGCUAAGAGGAGAGACCUUUGAAGACUUGAGCACCAAUGGAGGAUUUGUAUCAUUUGAAAUCUAUCCACGACAUGUUGAAGGCAAAAGGCUAGACAAGACAGUAUGGAGCCUAUUGAACUUCUAUGCAUUCAUUAAACAUCAUGUGAAGUGUACACGAAGUUUUAUUCAGCGCAGGAUGAGGAGUCGUCUACAAAAUCUGGUCGAGAUACUGCAAACUGGAAGAGUAGUUGAGGAGCAACAACAAGAAAAGAAAGAAAGGGGGAAAGGGUGUAUGGGGCAACUAGUGAGCUUCUCAAAGAGACAAAUACUACAUCAUAGAUCCAAUUUCAUGAAGAAAGCCCAUUCCCGAAUUAAAAUUCAAGCUUUCAGUCAGCUUCGGCGACAAUACUCGACAAUACCCAAAUAUCGCUCUGCACUGAGAUAUAGAAAGCUGGACUGAGCUUUUGCCAAUAUUAAAACAAUGAUACAUGAAAAUACACGUUAUCAUGAAAUAGAUUUCAGUUAACAAUAUGAUUCGCAAUGCUUAUCUUGUUGAAUCAAAGGAAAUCUGUAAUUAUUGAGAAUAUAUCUGUUCAAUCACAAUCACAUAUAGAGAUAUAUACUCAAAUUGUAUCCAUUAAUACCUGGAGAUUUCAGAAAUGUGGUAUGUCCAUGAGGAGCCCAUACCACAUUUCUCGUAUUAUCUAUCUGCAUUUGUCCCAAUACAUAAGUAUCACACUGAAGAACAACAAUAACAUCAGAUCUUGGAAAAUACCUCGCCAUAAUUGACAUUUUCAUCUCCAAAGAAAAAUUCAGAUUAGCAGUGAGAACACCAUAGAUCUGGGUGGAUAUGUGCCAAUACUGAGCUUUUUCAGAAAUUCAAAGAGAAGCAGAGUCUCUAAAAGAACCUUUUUGACAAACCAUCAGCAAUUGUUUUAGCUAAAAACAUUUCACAUUUACUGGUAUGAUUAUGAUUAAGCCUAAAUGGAACAAUUGAAUUCCAUCUUUAUAUGAGUGCAGCUGACACUAUCAACAAUGAAA